AUGACGACCGUAGACUCUUGGAACCCCAUGAAGAAAUUCAAACUGGUUUUUCUCGGGGAGCAAAGUGGUUCGUUAUAGAAUUUCUGAGCUUUUCUUUAAUAUUGAGCUCACAUCAAAAAAUUUUCAUUUUUUCCAGUUGGGAAAACGUCAAUUAUCACGCGCUUCAUGUACGAUUCGUUCGAUAAUACUUACCAAGCGACCAUAGGAAUCGACUUUCUCAGCAAAACCAUGUACUUGGAGGACCGGACUGUACGUAGAUUUUAUUAUUUUUUCACAAAUGUGUCUAAUUUGCCUGUUUAAAACUGUUUAUUGCAUCUUCAAUGUAAGAAUACAUCUGCAAUCGACUUUCAUUGAUUUCAACUGUGUUUAAACGGCGGCAGGAGCUGUGGCUUAGGCAGAGAAGUUGUGAAUUUCGCUCGUAGAACAUCAGGUACAAGAGAGGUCGUAGGAAGAAGUACGGUGCCGGCUUUCCAAAGGCCGAUGGCAGAGAUUUAGCCUUUUCGCUGUAUGUAGCUCUAAACGUUAUCUACCCCGGAGGGAUGAAAGGCUUGGUCGACCUCGGGGGGACUCGAACCUACGACCUUGCGGACGUUAGAAAUGAGUUAUGCCAGCUGAGCUAUGCCGCCCCCAAUUUGCCUGUUGAUAUUUAUAAAUAGAUAGAUAAACAGAAAAAAAUUUCUGUAAAAUUUCUCCUUUUUUUGAAUCUGAAUGUUUCCAGAUCCGCCUCCAACUGUGGGACACGGCCGGUCAGGAGCGUUUCCGAUCUUUAAUUCCUUCCUAUAUCCGAGACUCCACCGUUGCCGUUGUCGUUUAUGACAUCACAAGUAACUUUUUAUUUUAGUGAAAAAGAGACAAUUUUUCUGGAGAAUAAAAAAAAAAUUUCUCUAUUGAUGCUUCUUUUCCCAUUUCUAAUAAAAAAGUGAGAAUUUAGAAAUUUUACAAUGGUUUUCUUUGUGAUUAAGCUGUGAAUAUCAAAUUUAUUUUUCAUUAAGAGAGUUCAAAAAAAGCCGCGAAUUUUCCUCUUGUGCGAAUUCAAUUCGAAAAGCAAAAUUGUGAAAAAAAAAUGAAAGUGGACUUUACGGUAAAAUAUUCCCACAAGUUUUUUAUUAAUUCAUUGAUUUCUGGGAAAGAGGUCUUUUAUAGUUCCCCCUUUUAUUUUUUGAUAAAAGUUUGACGUUUACGAUUCCUGUGUAUUGUAAUGAGCCAAGAAUCAAAUUUUGGCCCAGAAAAUCAUGAAUUGAAAAACGAGAUUUCAACUCGAUUUUAGUAAACCGUUUAUGAAUAGUUUUAUAAUUUUUUUUUCACAUCAUGAACAUUUUCGAAAUAUAUGUCAUAAUUUGUCUGACAAUCGUGGUGAUCUAAUUUUUUUCUUCCUAUGCUCUCGGACUCAUCAGUAUGUUUAAAAUUCCUUCACCGAUCAUUUUUAAAACUCUACGAUCGCACUCAUUUUUCAAUUGUGAAAGUUUUUUUAUUCUGAAACAUUUGGUCAAUCACUGGUGAAUCGAGAGGUAGAUACAAGUAGGUACCGGGUAGCAACUCAAGUCAAUCGGCGAAUGGUAAUCGGUGCUCAUUUGUAUGCGACCGGGUACUAUCUCUAUGGUACCUGGAUAGUACCUGAUCGGUAUCUGGAUGCUACCGGGUAGCCACCUGAAAUUCGCGAUUGCCACUGGCUGGCACAUCGGUCGUUUAUAUAGCACCCGUGUUUUUUUACACCUUCCCAAGCCUUCCAGGGUCUUAUUGGAUAAAGCUGAAACAACAAAUAACGAUCCGGGAAGCAACUCCAGACUUUCCGAAAGAAAUCGCGAGUGUCAGGUAGCUACCCGGUAGCUACUGCAUCGAACUCCGACCCAGGUACCAUAGAGAUAGUACCCGGUAGCAUACAAACGUCCACCGAUUACCAUACGCCGAUUGACUUUUUCAAAAGUUGCUACCCGGUAUCUAUUUGUAUCGACUUCUCGAUUCACCUUUGAUAGACUAGGCAAGAUUAAUUUAAAUAUGGUUUCUUUUGUUCAGAAAGAACCAGCUAUGAAAAAAAAAUUGAAUGAUUCAUGUUGAAAGAAUGAAAUACUGUUCCAGACGCGAACUCGUUCCAUCAAACUUCCAAAUGGAUCGACGACGUCCGAACUGAACGCGGCAGUGACGUCAUUAUUAUGCUGGUCGGAAACAAAACGGAUUUGUCAGAUAAACGGUAAUUUUGGUUUUUUAUUUAGAAAAGACGGGUUAUUAAAAAUAUUUACGUUUUUGCUAAUUUCGGUUCAAGUUGACUCUUUGACAAACUCGAAACAACUGAAAAAAAGGAAACUCGAUAGCCUUUUCUUUAUUUUUCGAAUUUUGACCGACAUAGUUAAGUUUUUGAAACGGAGGAUCCACUUUGGGAAUUAGCUAGUCUAUCUGAGGAGCACGAUAAAACAUUUAACAGGAAUCGAAAUUUCUUGGAAAUUAGCUUUCAAUUUCCGUUAAAUAAAAUCUUAUGAUUGAGACAAGUGAGCACUGAAGAAGGCGAACGAAAAGCCAAAGAUCUCAACGUGAUGUUCAUCGAAACCUCAGCCAAGGCUGGUUAUAAUGUCAAGCAGGUUCGAAUUCGCUUCAUCGAAAAUUAAAAAGUUUCUUUGAGAAUCCACAAAAGGAGCUGAAAAGGUUCCACCGAUUUUUUCAUUAAAGAAAAUGAAAAAGACGCAGUAUUGAAAUGAAAUUACCUGCUGAUUAUUCUAAAUACUUUUUUCGAGAGAAGUUUUUGAGGAGCCGUUUUUUCCUAGUUGAUACGGUUCCAGUUUCAAGAGAUAUAUUGAAAAUGGUAUAAGGGAAAAAUUGGAAAUUUUAAUUUCUAGGCUAUUUCUGUAAGUUGAAUAGCAUAUUGAAUUAGGCAAUUUUCCUGAUUGUAGUCUAACGUUCAAGAAAAUUCCCUUUUCGUUUAUUUUUUUGAAUCCACAUCGAUAAAUUCUUGUGUAAAUGAAAAUAAUAUAUAUAAAUAUUUUAGCUGUUCCGCCGUAUCGCAAGUGCAUUGCCGGGAGUGAUCAAAGAAGAUCCUGUCGAACCAGGUUCUCAUUUUUUUUUUAUUGUCCAUGUUUUUUCUGCCAAUCGAUAUUGUUUCACUUCAGCGAUAACGGUGAGCAUCGAUCAAACUAAAGGGAGAAAGAUCGACACGCCAGAAGGAUCCUGCUGGUGUUGA